GAGAACCGGGGUAACAGUACCAAACACUGUGAAGAAGGACUCGGAAGGCUUUGAUGAGAUUGAUGAUUUUUUUGCAAAAGCUAUUAUCCUUAAGAGAUCGACACCAGUACGAGUGGAUACUCCACCACCUACAACACGAUUUUUAACUCCAAUUUCUUUUGAAAAUAGACAAUCACUACCCAGUCCCAGUCCAUUACCACCGCUAACCACUGAGGAUACUCUUACGGAAAACUUGCCCGACAAGGCCUUUGAUUUUGGAAUUAGCCAGAACGACAACACGCCUGGAAAUGCCAGCCCAAUUUAUAUAGAAUCGACACCAGUACGAGUGGAUACCCCACCACCUGCCGAUCGAUUUUUAACUCCAAUUUCUUUCGAAAAUAGACAAUCGUUACCCAGUCCGAGUCCAUUACCACCGAUAAAUGUUGAAGAUUCUCUUACGGAAAAGUCGCCUGCCAAGGCCUUUGAUUUUGGAAUUGGCCAGAAUAAUAACACACUUGGAGAUGCUAGCUCAAAUAUCAACAGGAUUAAAACAAAGACCAAGCCCAAAGUUCAAAGCACAGACAAACCGAUAAAACGAAAACAGAAAAAGGUGGAAAAAAAACCACCGCCUGACAACCAACACGAAAACAAAGAUAUAGUGGAUGAAGAACCGCCAGGACUGCGUCGAAGCAAGCGACAACGGUUAAAGCCUGUAGAGUAUUGGCGGAAUGAGAAGGUGGUUUACGAAAUGCGUAAAUCUGUUGGAGUCCCUGUCCAAGUUGUCAAAGACGUAAUACGUAUAACCAGUGAUGAUGAAGAAACAAAUACCAAGACUAAAGAAGGUGGCGUCAAAAAGCGGAAAGGUAAUAAUAAGGCUAGUGGUAGUAGUAGCCAUCGAGAACCAAAAGCAGAGGAUAUCGAAAAACCCACAUCGCCAGAAGCCAUGGUGAUAGACUUUGGUACUAAUAAGGAAAUCAAGCGAUCAAUUGUGGCUACCACAGCAAUGUUGAAUCCAAUCAAAUCAAGCGGGAAGGCGUAUAAAAUGCAAAAAUUAUUUAACGAAGGCAGUUUUAUGGCUUAUGGAGUAGUCGAGAUACCUAGAGAUACAGAAAAGCCAAGCAAGAGUAGUAAAGACACGGCAUUGGUAUUCUACGUGGCCAAAGGACCUGUUAAAGUCACGAUACACAAAUACACGUUUCAUGUAGGGACAGGCGACCAGUUCUUCGUGCCCAGAGGUAAUUAUUACACUAUCAAAAACGAGAAUCAUUAUGAUAUACGUCUAUUCUGGUCUUCUGCAAAAGAAGUUUAG